AUGGAGGCAAACCUCGAUCUGGAGAAGACGGCCAGCACCAGACUACCCCUCCCUGUGCUUGGUGGACAAGAGAAACAGGCAGAGCCUACAAUCAACACCAUCCCUCAAAUCGUCGACCUCAAGCAGGACGCCUCCCUACCAAAACACGACCAUGGCUCCGACCACGCCUCCAUCUCCUCCUCCACCGACCUCGAAAAAGCCCCCUCCAAGCCCGCAGCCCCCUCCACGACCACCCCUCAAGGCGUGCACGGCGACGAAGAGCCCACCUACCCCUCCACCCGCAAGCUCAUCCCCAUCAUCAUCUCCCUCUACCUCGCCUUCUUCCUCGUCGCCCUCGACCGCACCAUCAUCGCCACCGCCAUCCCCGUCAUCACAGAUCGCUUCCACUCCCUCGGCGACGUGGGCUGGUACGCCUCAGGCUACAUGCUGACCAUGUGCGCCUUCCAGCUCCUCUUCGGCCGCAUCUACACCUUCUACUCGCCCAAACGGGUCUUCCUGACCGCAAUCCUGCUCUUCGAAAUCGGCAGCGCAAUCUGCGGCGCCGCACCAAACUCCACCACUUUCAUCAUCGGCCGCGCUGUGGCAGGGAUAGGCGGAUCGGGCGCCAUGUCCGGCGCCAUCGUCAUUAUAAUGUACACCGUUCCCUUACACAAGCGGCCGCUUCUGCAGGGGUUGAUAGGCGCGGUCUUCGGCGUCGCCUCCGUCGCUGGGCCCCUGCUCGGCGGCGUCUUCACAAGCAAAGUCAGCUGGCGCUGGUGCUUCUACAUCAACCUGCCUAUCGGUGGCGUCGCCAUGGUGAUUCUGGCCGUCAUCCUGAAGCUGCCACCGCCGAAGAACGCACAUACCCCUUGGCGGCAGCAGGUGCGCCAGCUCGACCCACUCGGCACCUCCCUCUUCAUGCCCUGCAUCAUCUGCGCGCUGCUCGCCCUCCAAUGGGGCGGGACGACCUACCCGUGGCGAUCUGCCCGCAUCAUCGCCCUACUCGUCCUCUUCGGCGUCCUCGCUAUGGCUUUCGUAGCCGUCCAGCUUUGGAAACAAGACCUCGGCACCGUGCCCCCGCGUAUUGCGAAACAGCGGUCUGUAGCGUGCGCGAUGUGGCAGAUGUUCUGCGCCGGCGGGGCCAUGAUGGUGAUGGUGUACUACCUACCGAUCUGGUUCCAAGCGAUCAAGCACGUGUCGGCGUACAAAUCCGGCAUCAUGAUUUUGCCGUUCAUCCUCUCCCUCGUCGUCGCGUCUAUCACGACGGGCAUCACGGUUAAUAGGGUGGGGUACUAUACGCCCUUCAUCAUCGGGAGUGUGGUUCUUAUGUCCAUUGGGGCUGGGUUGAUCACUACAUUCACACCGGGCACUAUGCACGAGAAAUGGAUUGGUUAUCAAAUCAUCUUUGGCUUUGGCAUCGGUAUGGGCAUGCAGCAGGGCACGAUUGCCGCACAGACCGUGCUCUCACGCACCGAUGCCCCCACGGGUGUCGCGCUCAUUAUGUUCUGCAUGCAGAUGGGCGGCGCAGUAUUCGUCUCUGUCGGGCAGAACGUAUUCACGAACAAACUCGCACAGAAUGUGAAAGGGAUUGCGGGGCUGGAUCCAGAUGUUGUGGUGAAAUUCGGCGCGACAGAAUUGAGAGAUCAUGUUAAGCCUGAGGUGUUGGGGCAGGUGUUGGUGGGAUACAAUGGCGCUUUGGUGAAAUGCUUUGAGGUUGCGCUGGCGUUGGCCUGUCUUGCGUUUCUUGGGGCGGUGGGGGUCGAGUGGAGGAGUUGUCGGGAGGCGAAAGAUAGGGAGGAUAAGGCGAAGAAAGAGAGGGCGGAGAAGGAGAAGAGGGAGAGUGAGGAAGGGAGGUUGAGUGGGGAGAAGAGUGCGAGUGAGAAGGUGGAUGAGAAGUAG